AUGGGGUUUCUUAUCCAGGCCGAAAAUGAGAAACAGAAAUUUAAAGUAUUCAUCGGUGAACGGCAUACUUGUAGCUGCAAGCUAUUUGCAAAGAAAAAUGACUUGUGCAAGCACAUAUGCUGGAUUCUUUUAAGAAAGUUUCGGCUGGAUAAGCACGAUCCACUGUCAUGGCAAAGUGGUCUUUGCGAAAGAGAGAUUUCGAUUAUUUUGGAAAGACAGGAUACUGAAACUAGUAAAAAAGCCCAUACUUAUUUAAGAACUGGGCUGGAGAGCUCUUUUGAUUCUCAAAUUAGGCAACGUGAUAUUGAAGCAAACGACAUUUGUCCCAUUUGUCAAGACGAAUUUCUGCGUCGUCAGAGGUUUCCUGUAACAUAUUGCCGCAAGGGUUGUGGAAACAAUGUGCACAUUAAAUGCAUGAAGAUGUGGAAAGAUCACCAAAUCCAGGAGCGGAAUCUAAAUAGGUCUGAUUCAGUAUCCUGCCCGAUGUGUAGAGGCGAGUUUUCGAAAUUAGAAGACCUGUUAUUAGAGAUUAAACUCUGCGAAAACUACUUUGCUAAAACAAGCAAGGAUGCUUGGAAUACAGAUUGGUCGUCAGAGCGCAUAAUCAGGGACUUCGAACUGUUUGAAGAGCACAACGCCGUGUGCGCUGAUUGCCAAUGUUCACCAAUUGUUGGGCGGUUAUAUUGUGCUGGUGAUGAUGAAAUUUUUUCAAUCACUGAUAAAACAAAUGUGUUGCUCUGUAGUAAGUGUUUCGAGCAACGAACAAGGGCCUGCGUAGCAGAAAAGUCCAGAUUCUAUUGGAGAGAGUUUGAUCUAGGCAGCGCUGCUGCUUGUGGCUGCGUUCUUAUCUAUUGUAAAACUGAGGUUAUAUGUUGCCUAAGGUCAUUAUCUGCCUCGGAAGUUCUCAAAAAACCAUUGUGUAGAAAAGAGCUGUGUCAAAUCGCCAAAUGGGUCGUUAAGGUUGCACGCAUCAGCCUGCCUAAGAGGAGAGCCUUAAGGGGAACGAAGGAAUUCGGGGCUGCACGAGGUCUUCUGACACCGGGACGGCAGUGUCGGAUCUGCCUGAUGCAUUUCCGUGAAGGAGAUGAAGUGAGGAAACUCUGUGGCUGCAACCACGUGUUCCAUACAAGAUGUGUCGAUCAGUGGCUUCUUCAUAUGUCAGUUUUCACACUCAUUCACUAG